UGUUGUCCGUGCUUUGUGACGCACCAAUUCAGUGUAUUUUUCCAGCAAGGAAAAUUGUGAUAUUGCAGGUCAGAAGGAUGACUGCUCUAGUGUACUGUUCAUUGAUUGUGGUUUUGUGUCUUUGUGGAUACUUAAAUGCAACAGAUAUUACUCCAGGAUCAACUGCAGUAAAGCCAGGAGAGUGUCCACCCCAAACACCUGGAGGCUCCUGUACCAGGUUAUGUGACUGUGACUCUAGCUGUCCUGACAAUGAGAAGUGUUGCAGCAAUGGAUGUGGACGUUCCUGUACAUCUCCUUAUACAGUGAAGCCGGGUCAAUGUCCCAAAACGAAGAGCGUUCCAGGAUGUGCUGAAAGCUGUUUCCAUGAUGGCCAGUGUCCUGCCGCACAGAAGUGUUGCCCAACCACCUGUGGCCAUGUAUGUAGUGAACCAGAUGAUCAGGAAAGUGAUGAGGCAAGUGGUCAGGGAUACGGAGGUGGUUAUGGACAAGGAAGCGGUCAGGGUUACGGAAGUGGUCAGGGAAGUGGUCAGGGUUAUGGAAGUGGCCAGGGAAGUGGUUACGGCCAGGGAAGUGGUUAUGGCGAGGGACGUGGUCAGGGUUUCGGAAGUGGGCAGGGAAGUGGUUACGGCCAGGGAAGUGGUCAGGGGUACGGAAGUGGUCAGGGAAGGGGGUACGGAAGUGGUCAAGGAAGUGGGUAUGGUCAGGGAAGUGGUCAGGGUUUCGGAAGUGGUCAGGGAAGUGGUUACGGCCAGGGAAGUGGUCAGGGUUACGGAAGUGGUCAGGGAAGGGGUUACGGAAGUGGUCAGGGAAGUGGUUACGGAAGUGGUCAGGGAAGUGGGUAUGGUCAGGGUUAUGGAAGUGGCCAGGGAAGUGGGUAUGGUCAGGGAAGUGGUCAGGGUUAUGGAAGGGGACAAGGUCAGGGAAGCGGACCGGGUCAAGGACAGGGACAGGGUCAAGGACAGGGACAAGGUCAAGGACAGGGUCAGGGGAGCGGACAGGGUCAAGGACAGGGACAGGGUCAAGGACAGGGACAGGGUCAAGGACAGGGUCAAGGACAGGGACAAGGUCAAGGACAGGGUCAGGGGAGCGGACAAGGUCAGGGGAGCGGACAGGGACAAGGUCAGGGACAGGGACAAGGUCAGGGACAGGGUCAGGGGAGCGGACAGGGACGAGGUCAGGGACAAGGUCAGGGACAAGGUCAAGGACAGGGUCAGGGGAGCGGACAGGGUCAGGGACAGGGUCAAGGUCAGGGACAGGGACAGGGUCAAGGACAGGGACAAGGUCAAGGACAGGGUCAGGGGAGCGGACAGGGUCAGGGACAGGGUCAAGGACAGGGACAGGGUCAAGGACAGGGACAAGGUCAAGGACAGGGUCAGGGGAGCGGACAAGGUCAAGGACAGGGUCAGGGGAGCGGACAGGGACAAGGUCAAGGACAGGGUCAGGGGAGCGGACAAGGUCAAGGACAGGGACAGGGACAUGGUCAGGGAAGCGGACAGGGACAAGGUCAGGGAGGUGCUUGGGGAAAUGUUCGGGCACGUGGUCCCAGUCAAUGAUGUGGUCGGGCACAUUAAUAUAUGGGCUUUUUUGCAUGGAUACUUGUUGGAAUCUUUCAAUUCAGUGCUCUUAUCCACCCCGUUUAAAUGGUUCAGAAAGAUUUGUCACCAGUCCUCAAAUAAACAUGCUUGAUUGCAGAA